UUAUAAAAAAAAAAAAAAAUUGAUCAUUGAUCAAGAAAUUGUCAAAUAUUUUCAAAGAAUAUUUUUUGUGUAAAUCUACGUUUUAGUGUUUCUGUGUUUAGAUCAUUAAAACAAUUUAUAAAUAAAAAAUAAAGGAAACAUAUAUAGCAUUCAGUCUAUUUCAUAGAUAAGGUUCCAAAUUCACCAAAAAUGCUUCCGUGGAACUACUAUGGUGAACAAGACGUUAGAAAACGACAAAUAGAUACCUUGAAAAUCUUCAACGCGAAUGUAACAGAGAUCAAGGAGAAUGCAGAAUAUCGUGUAGAAUUCAACGUGAAUAAUAAAAAUAUGUCAUUAAAUGUGAUUUUGGGGCCCGAGUUUCCAAACGAAAAGCCUUCGAUAUUCGUCAAUCCGCCCGUAUCUCACCAGUGGGUGGCAGAGAACUCGAAUCAAGUUGUCGGUGCGCCUGGCUUGAUAAACUUCACUGUACACUCGGAUUUGGGCCGAGUAGUCCAAGCUAUUAUACGGGAGUUCCAAAAGUCCCUUCCCAGUGUUAAUGAGGAGACAAUAAAGUCAAAUGAGACAAGUCCUCAGUCCAACUACAGUGCACAGUCCUUGAUGUUUCCGGAAUUAAAUGAUUUAACUGUUGAUGAAUUGAAGGAGAUAUUGGAGAAUACAGAUUUACAGGAUAAACUUCUAGAAACAAAUCCACAGCUGGUGGAAUUGGAUCUGGAGACAGAAGAGUUGAUGGGCAGCAUCGAGCAGAUAGCCCAGGACAACAUCGGCAAGCAGCAGAUGCUCGAUGAUUUGAAGACGGAAGUCAUUGACAGGAUCUCAGCUAUUGUUCAGAUGAAGAUGAACUACGAAGAAUUGAAUAAAAAGCACCAGAAGUUAUGUGAAGUAUAUGACCCACACAGGAUCAGAGACUGUCUCAAGCAGGCAGCGCUGAAGGCUGACGAGGAUGCUGAAGUUAUCGCUGAACAGUUUCUGUUAGGUAACAUACCAGCCGAAGCCUUUGUAUCCAAAUUUGCGGAAAAGCGAGCAUUAGGCCAGGCCAGGAGGGCGCGAGAGGAACGCCUGGCGCACCAGCUAGCACAGCUGGACAGAGCCAGGACCUAGCUAAAGUAUUUGAGGGAGCUAGUAUCCCGCAGAGAGGCUGGGACUUCAGCGCAAUAAGUGAUGGAUGGUGUCAAGACGAUAUCUAGAUAUCGAUUU